AUGAAGACGAAGAGCCAAGAAACACAAGAAGACUCUCUUCAACAAGAGACUCGUCAUCAUCUUCACCAAAUCUUCAUCUCAAUGAUGUUCAAAUCACGCAGAUUCUUCCAUCACCUCGUCUUAUAUUCGUUUCUUAUUGGUUUCGGGUUCGGUCUCGGCUUCCUACUCAACUUCCACAUGAGAAACGUUUCUUUCAGCCCCCAACUCUUUCGUCUAUCUUCUCCUUCCCUCUCUCCACAGCUUCAGCCGCAGCCGGAAAAUUUAGUUAUAGCUAACGAAACGGUUGUUCCUGAAGGGCAAAAAGGUCAUUCUCCGGUGGAGUUUGAGAAGGUGAAGCAUCAUAUCAUGACGGAGGAGGAAGAACUCAUGUGGCGUGCGUUGGAGGUUCAAGAAAGACCGUCGACGGUGAAGAAGAAAGUGGCGUUUAUGUUCUUGACGAGAGGGAAGCUUCCUUUGGCUAAACUGUGGGAGAGAUUUUUCAAUGGCCAUCAAGGCCUUUUCUCUGUUUACGUUCAUACUAGUAACCUUUCUUACGUUGACGAUGGUAUUCCUGAAACGUCGCCGUUUUAUCGUCGGAGGAUUCCAAGCAAGCUAAAUUAA